CUUAUAUCUGCCUCACCAAACAUGGGGGACCAGCACGCGCCGUUCACGCCGUCCGUGACGCCGCGUCCUAUCAAGCCAUCGCAGGCUCCAUCGCCUCGGAAGGCGCGGAUGCUGGCCACGAAGGCCCCGAUCGUAUCGCCGAUCAAGGUCUCGGCGUCGCUCUCCCUCAACAACGGAGACCCAUACCCGGAAGAGCCUCCACCGCGCGUGAGCAAGCUCAAGAUGGCGGGGGAGAUGCACGCGGUGCGCAACCUCGCGAGCCACAUCCAUUUUGGUAACACGGCGCGGUCCGGCGUUGGCGAGAUCGUCAAAGUGUUUGAGAGCCAUGGCAUCCACCUCACGACAGAUGAAGCCAAGACACUACUAUGCGAGUACGAGGAGAACAACGACGAGCACCUCGACUACCGAAAUUUUGUCGAGUCUUUUGCGACCAUGCUUCGCAGCAAGGAGGCAGGCAAGCGCAUUGAUAUCAAGAAGCAGCGCCUCCAAGAGCACAUGAAGCGCAUUCACACGUUCCAGAGCGCUGUUGUCGAUGACUUGCACGAACUACUCAAGGAGCGGCUGCAGUCGUCUUGGAUUAGUCUCAAGGAUUCGUUCAAGGCCUUGGACCACGACAAGAGUGGUCUUUUGGCAGCAACGGACUUUCUUAAGGUCCUCAAGCAGUACGAUCUGCCCGUGUCGCACGAUAUCCUGGUGAACCUCAUGCUACGCUUCGACACGAACGGCGACGGCUUUGUGAAUUACACCGAGUUUCUGAGCCAGUUUGGCGCCAAGUUUUCGAACGCCAACCCGCACGGCGUUGGGAGCUCGAUUCUACAGCACACGGCUCACGACUUUUCGGUUGCCGCCGUCGAAGAGAAAGUUCAGCGAGCGUUUCUUCAAGGUCAAGUCCGAAAGCUCGUCGACGAUAAAAUUGGACCGUCUUGGUCGAAACUACGCGAAGCGCUCGUGCAGCACGAUCACAGCAAAGGCGGCUUCGUGUCGCGUGACGACCUACAGCGGCUGCUCGCGCGCUUCCACAUCGAGCUGCACGAGGCCCAAUUCCAGCAACUCGUGCUCUGCUACGACACUUCGCGUGACGGCAGCGUCAACACGGCCGAGUUCUUUCGGCACUUUGGCGAAGACCUCCGCGCGUACCCCCAUUUGACACUUCCGAUGAGCGACGCAGAGUCAAAACCUAAAAAGUUUGUGCUCACGGAGCGCACGUCGCUCCUCAUGUGUGACAAGUCGAGUCACAGCGACCGACCCAACAUCAAGGACCACUUUUCCAAGCUCUCGGACGCUCAGUGGCACGCCUUGUACCUGGAUUUUGUGGCUGCUGACACGCACAAGACGGGCUGGAUUCCCCGCGCGCAAUUCCUCUCGAUCCUUUGCGACUAUCUUGGGCAUGACUUGCCCCACGACAACGUGAACGCCAUUUUUCGCGCGUGCGGCUCGUACGUCAACGACCUCAUGAACUACCGCGACCUCGUGAAAGCUUACCGCCCCCAAGUCAUGGGCAUCUAUGCACCGCACCCGAACAAGAACACGAUGAACGCCCCCAAGCAGAAUCCGACCGAGUACUACAACAUGGAGAGCAGCAUCCACAAUGUGUGCGCCGCUCUGUCGCCGGACACGUGGCAGUCUCUCAAGAGCGAACUUAUUGCUGCCGACGUUCGACGCAUCGGGCGCAUUUCGGCUGAUACGUUUAGCAGCAUCACAAAGACGCACAUUCCGCACCUCCGUGAUGACCAAAUGGCCUUCCUCGUCCUCUUUUACGAAGACAAGGCCAAUACGCACCACACGUGCUCCAUCCGGUACUCGUCGUUCUUGACCGACUACGACCACGAGGUGACACCACCGUCACGCGAAGUUAUUGAUCCGAUCGACGAGAUGGACGAGUGGGAGAUGCACGAACCCACAGGCCGGCGGCGUCAGCCGGCGCCGUCACCUUUGGACGCGACUCGAAACGUCCUCAAGCAAAACUUGCACGCGCUUGAAGCUGCGCUUUUGCUCGCUGACGCUGACCUCAAGGGCAUUGUGAGCCUCGAGACGUGGCUCUCCCUUCUCAAGGACCACGGCGUCAAGGUCGAGCGCAAGACGCCCAUCUUUGACUCGCUUUUUGGUCGUUUCAUCAACCCAACCCUUGGCGUUCUAAAGUAUCGGGAGCUGCUCCUCGACUUGGACGCGGGUGUACAGGCCAAGCAACUGGUGGACACGUCCACAAUGACCCUCCUCGGCGAUGAAAAGAGCCACUCGAGCGAGAUCCGGUCAAUCGACGACGCGCGUGUCGUGUUGCGUCACCACUUGACAUCGUCGCCGGCGCUCCAGCGGCGCGUCUACAAGCUCUUUACUCAAGUGGACACGGCACGCUCUGGCUUGCUUCCGUAUGUUGACGUCCGGCGCGUUCUGGAGAAGAUUGGCAUUCCGUUUGCGGACGCCGAGCUCUUUGGCGCGUUCGCAAAGUACUUUGACGUCGAUGGCUCUGGUUUUGUUCCAUACCUCCAGAUGCUCCACGCGUGCGGCGGCAAGGAUCCAGACAAGAUGUCAGGCAUGAGCGACCUUGCAAGCAACUGUUCCUACUACAGCGCGAUCUCGAACGCACCACGGGCGGUGGCGAAGCGGUCAAGCCAGCACAAGUCGGUGUCGGUGGACGCCGCAGCGCACGCGGUCGUGAACCGGCACGUCGAAGAGGGUCAGUUGGCCGUCGGCGGCGCCGUCGCUGUCGAGGAAAAAAUCAAGGCGCUGCUCACAAAGCGCUGGAAGACGCUGCACAAGGCAUUUCAGUCGAUAGACUCUGAAAAGUCGGGGCUUGUGUCACAAGCCGCGUUCCGCAAAGUCAUGGAGAACAUCGGUGUCGCGCUCACGUUUGAAGAGAGCCUUCGGAUUUGCAAGAAGUACGACACAGACAACUCGGGCCGACUCAACUACAAUGUGUUUUUAAAACAACACGUCCACGGCAAGAACCCUUUCUCCGAGUACACGCCACUCAAGCCCUAUUCCUCCGACUAUGCCAACCUCCCCGCGCUGUCGCCAUCCAAGUCGCCGGUGCCAGAAGAUAUCCGGAGCGUGCUCAAACUCAAGUGGAAGAGCGUGUACGCGUCGCUCCGCAAGCUUGACACGGAAGGCUCGGGUCACAUUUCACCACAGCACUUUCGUCACUUGCUCGAAUGGUUUGGCAUUGCUGUCUCCGAUGACAUCUACUACACGUUGCUCAAGCGAUUCGACUCGGUUCAGGAUGGUCACGUCAACUACAAUCAGUUUAUGCGCGCGUGUCUGCAAUAAGCCUGCGAUGGGCAGGUCCAGAUUCGUGUAGUCGAUUUUGCCGUGUUGCCUGGGGAACGAUAAAACAAAGAAUAUAGUAAUGCUGCACAGUUUACUGCC